GUUAAACCUUGAGCGCUGCACCGCUAGAUCGGCGAUAUAUUGACGAAACAAAAAAGGAAAAUCCAUUAAACACGAGAAAAUCAACCAUAGGACCCACGAGAGAAUGAACUAGCCGUUGGAGACUUGAAAUUCAAAAGCCCAAUUUACAGACGCCUUAUAGCUCGUACUCUUUCCAUUUCGAUAUCCUUUGUUUUCUCUCUAUCAGAUUUUGUCUUCUCAGAUCUCAGGCGCAAAUCAAUCGUCUUCUGUUCCUUUCAGUCAAGAUGACUGUUAGAACUCCUGGUACUCCAGCUUCAAAGAUAGAUAAGACUCCCGCAACCACGCCUAAUGGGCAUCGAGGUAGAGAGGAGAAAAUUGUUGUAACAGUACGGUUAAGGCCUCUGAACAAAAGGGAGCUUUCAGCUAAAGACCAUGCUGCAUGGGAAUGCAUUGAUGAUCACACAAUUAUUUAUAGACCAGUGCCCCAGGAACGUGCUGCUCAACCUGCUUCAUCAUUUACAUUUGAUAAAGUCUUCGGUCCAGAUAGUAUAACUGAAGCAGUGUAUGAGGAAGGAGUAAAGAAUGUGGCUUUAUCCUCUUUGAUGGGAAUAAAUGCAACUAUAUUUGCGUAUGGACAAACCAGCAGUGGGAAGACUUACACAAUGAGGGGAAUUACCGAGAAAGCUGUAAACGACAUAUAUGCACAUAUAAUGAGUACCCCAGAAAGAGAAUUUAGAAUAAGAAUAUCUGGACUGGAGAUCUACAAUGAAAAUGUCAGGGACCUAUUGAAUUCUGAAUCUGGUCGCAGUCUCAAGCUUCUUGAUGAUCCGGAGAAAGGAACUGUCGUUGAGAAAUUGGUGGAAGAAACAGCAAGCAAUGACCAACACCUGAGACAUUUAAUUAGUAUCUGUGAGGCUCAGAGGCAAGUAGGAGAAACUGCCUUAAAUGAUACAAGCUCGCGAUCUCACCAGAUAAUAAGACUGACGAUAGAAAGCACUCUUCGCGAAAGUUCUGAUUGCGUGAGGUCUUAUGUAGCAAGCUUGAACUUUGUAGAUUUGGCUGGGAGUGAAAGAGCCUCACAGACAAAUGCAGAUGGUGCCAGGCUUAGGGAAGGCUGCCAUAUCAAUCUUAGUUUGAUGACUCUCACAACCGUAAUUAGAAAGCUCAGUGUGGGCAAAAGAAGUGGUCAUAUACCCUACCGAGACUCAAAGCUGACAAGAAUAUUGCAACAUUCACUUGGUGGGAACGCCCGUACUGCGAUAAUAUGCACUCUCAGCCCUGCAUCUAGUCACGUCGAACAAUCUCGCAAUACUCUCUACUUUGCCACCCGAGCAAAGGAAGUCACGAAUAACGCCCAAGUGAACAUGGUUGUAUCCGACAAACAGCUUGUCAAGCAU